CCACUGCCAGCAGUGAAGUUCAUCGUCAUCGCGGAAUGUCUGGAAAUGACUAAGCUGGCGUUUGUGGAUGGGAUUUAUACCUGAAGUCACGGUGAGCGCCCCUGGUGAGACUGUGGCUUUGAGCGGUAACUUUGGAUACAGGGCAGGGACAAAAGUAUCAUAUAUGGUAGUGUGCAUCUGUCGUGUAAACGGAACGGAUGCCCACCCUCUGGAGAGAGAACCCCACCGGUGGAUUGAAAGUGCGAGCAUUAGUUCCGAUACGCUAUCAAGAAUGUACUAGACCCGCGAAUACGUCUUCUAGUCGAGAUCUAGUCCCGGUCCCUUAUUCAGAAUCCGGCGAGGCUACACUGCCGGCUAUGAAGAGUUCAUGGGAAAGCAAUGCUCUGACUUGGUGGAUUUUAUUGAACUCUGGUCAUCUAAAACGACUACUUUUCGUUAGUCCCACACAGCCUACGACUAAUCAAUACAGGCACGUCAACAAUGGAGAGCGCCGGACCGAUGGAGGUAUGCUGUCCACCUAUUCCGCUGACAGUACAUGUUCCGGUACUACGAGGGCGCAACUAUAUGCUUGAAAAACCUGGUGUGAUCGUACGCGUUGUGAGCCCAUACUUUCAUCCUAUCCGAAAAGAUCGUGGGUUUGUAGAAGAAG